GACUCCAAAGCCGGAGCAGCGGCAGUCAAGUCAGACAGCGAGGAGCGAGCCCAGAGAGCGGACACGGGGAAGGGAAUCUAUCCAACAACUUGUAUGAAACCGUAUUUGGGACUUUUUGUUUACGCUUUUUUUGGCAUUGUUUUGGAACUGCGCGCGCUGUUAAGGAUCUGAAAUCUCACAAAAAUACAAGGAUUUAACUGUGAGAACUGGAAGAAGGAGCGGAGUCUGGAGGUCUAGGGGAGAACAGAGCGACAGUGCAGCCGGCAGCGGUGCGUCUUUGCGCGGGGAGAAGCCGGCCACUGCGCCGCGGCUGAAGAACGCAUUCAGAACCGCCUCCAAAGGGAUAAGAGGCGAUUUGUUUACAUUAUUCACCUUGGACUAUUUAUACUUGGGACAUAUAUUACUCAAAAGUCGCUCGGAAUCUACCGCUCUCCCUCCACGCAUGGUUGGAGUGGACUGUGGAGUGGACCGGGAGGGUUCCUUGAAGACGCAGAUUCGGGAUUAACUUCAUUCUCUGUUGGACUUUUGGGGAUCUAAAAGGACUAUAAACUUAUAUCCACUUUUGGUUUUCUUUGUGGAAGAUACAUGGCACCAAGUAUGGAGCCAGGAACCAGAGCCCAGAUGCGUAAAGACGAGAAGUGAAUGUAGAGCAUGCCAGCUUCGUUCACGCUCCUCCGCGAGAAAUCAACAGCAGACAAACUUUAAAAUACGGAGUUCCUUGUGGAUUUUUUUAUAACUUUAUUUUGGGACACGAUUCAAGGAUGCAUUGUGGAUUAGUUUUGUUCCUUUUGAUGGGGAUACUCUUGGCGGCGAAGGCUUUCGUAAACGACAAAUGUGGCGGUAACAUUCGUAUUUCCAGUGCUAGCUACCUCACGUCCCCAGACUAUCCUCGCUCCUACCCGCCGUCGCAGAGGUGUACCUGGGUCAUCAUGGCUCCCGGCCCCCACCAACGCAUCCUCAUCAACUUCAACCCCCACUUCGACCUGGAGGACCGCGAGUGCAAGUACGACUACGUUGAAGUCCGGGAUGGCGUGGAUGAGAGCGGUCAGCUGGUGGGCAAGUACUGUGGUAAAAUCGCUCCAUCGCCUGUGGUCUCCUCCGGAAACCAACUCUUCAUCAAGUUUGUGUCAGACUAUGAGACUCACGGAGCAGGGUUCUCCAUACGCUACGAGAUCUUCAAGACAGGUCCUGAAUGUUCGAGAAACUUCACGUCCAACAGCGGAGUGAUCAAGUCGCCUGGUUACCCCGAGAAGUACCCCAACAACCUGGACUGUACCUUCAUGAUCUUUGCCCCCAAGAUGUCCGAGAUCAUCUUGGAGUUUGAGAGCUUUGAGCUGGAGCCUGACCCCACGCCCCCUAGUGGUGUGUUCUGCCGCUACGAUCGACUGGAGAUCUGGGAUGGCUUUCCUGGAGUGGGACCUUACAUUGGGAGGUACUGCGGGCAGAACACUCCGGGCAGAAUCAUCUCCUACACGGGCAUCCUGGCUCUGACAAUCAACACAGACAGUGCCAUUGCUAAGGAGGGCUUCUCUGCUAACUUCACUGUCCUGGAACGCACUGUCCCCGAGGACUUUGACUGCAGUGAUCCUUUAGGGAUGGAAUCAGGAGAAAUCACAUCGGACCAGAUCAUUGCUUCGUCCGAGUACAACCCCAGCUGGUCCCCGGAGCGCUCCCGACUCAACUACUACGAGAACGCAUGGACCCCGGCCGAAGACUCCAACAAAGAGUGGAUACAGGUGGAUCUUGGGUUUCUGCGGUUCGUCUCAGCCAUCGGAAUGCAGGGCGCCAUCUCACAAGAGACCAGGAAGAUCUACUUUGUGAAGUCCUACAAGGUGGACGUGAGCUCCAACGGAGACGACUGGAUCACACUCAAGGAGGGUUCUAAACAGAAGGUUUUCCAAGGUAACACCAACCCUACUGACGUUGCCAAGACGAUGUUGCCCAGACCCACGCUGACACGCUACCUUCGCAUCCGGCCCGUUACCUGGGAAACUGGCAUUGCGCUGCGCUUCGAGGUGUACGGAUGUAAGAUAUCAGAGUAUCCAUGCUCCGGAAUGCUGGGGAUGGUAUCGGGCCUCAUUACCGAUAACCAGAUCACGGCCUCCUCCCACACCGACCGCAGCUGGGUGCCCGAGAAUGCCCGGCUCCUGACCAGUCGCACCGGGUGGACGUUGCUCCCACAACCCCAGCCCUUCACCAACGAGUGGCUGCAGGUGGAUCUUGGGGAGGACAAGCUGCUCAAAGGUCUGAUCAUCCAGGGAGGAAAGCACAGAGAGAACAAAGUCUUCAUGAAGAGGUUCAGACUGGGCUACAGCAGCAACGGAACAGACUACAAGAUGGUGAUGGACUCCAACGCCAAUAAGCCAAAGAUAUUUGAAGGGAACAGUAACUACGACACUCCGGAGCUGCGAACGGUGGAGCCCCUGCUGACGCGUUUCAUCAGAAUCUACCCAGAGAGAGCCACUCCCGCUGGGAUGGGUCUGCGCCUGGAGCUCUUGGGAUGCGAGCUUGAAGCUCCCACGUUGGCGCCCACCACCCAAGCCCCAAGCACGACCCCGUCCGAUGAAUGUGACGAUGAAGCCAACUGCCACAGCGGCACAGGUGACCGCUACGACAGGACAGGCGGACCCACUACACCUGAGCCUACCACCGCCGAAGUAGACACCAUUCCUCCGUUUCUGUGGUUCGCCUGUGACUUCGGCUGGGCCUCUAACCCGUCCUUCUGCAGCUGGAGCUCUGAGGACACAGGCUCCAGGUGGCAGAUCCAGUCCAGUGGAACUCCCACUCUUAACACAGGGCCCAACAUGGACCAUACAGGCGGCUCAGGAAACUUCAUCUACACUCUAGCCACGGGCCCUCAGCAGACUGAAGUAGCGCGUCUGGUCAGCCCUAUGGUCAGUUCCCCUGAUGCUGACCUGUGUGUGUCCUUCUGGUACCACAUGUUCGGACCCCACAUCGGCACUCUGCACAUCAAACAGCGCAAACAGACCCUAGAUGGCCCAGCAGACAUAUUACUGUGGACUGUGAGCGGUCACCAGGGCAACCGCUGGAGGGAGGGGCGCGUGCCGGUGCCCAGGACCAAUAGGCCGUAUCAGGUGGUGAUAGAGGGUCUGGUGGAGAGGAAGAGCUGGGGGGACAUAGCCGUGGACGACAUCAAGGUUCUGAAUGGACUGAGCGCGGCCGACUGCAAAGAUCCCACUGUACCCACGGAGCCAAUGCUGCCGGAAGAUAGCCUCAAUGAAAUCUUGGAAGAGAUGACAGAGUACCCAGAUCUUGUGGAGACCAAUGAGAUUAGCGGAGCGGGGAACAUGCUGAAGACACUGGACCCCAUCCUCAUCACUAUCAUCGCAAUGUCGGCCCUGGGCGUGUUUUUGGGUGCCAUCUGUGGUGUGGUGCUGUACUGCGCCUGCUCACACGGCGCAAUGACGGACAGGAACUUAUCGGCUCUGGAGAACUAUAAUUUUGAGCUGGUGGACGGCGUCAAGCUAAAGAAAGACAAACUAAACGUACAGAGCUCAUAUUCUGAGGCGUGAAAAGAUUAAAUGACUUUUUUUACGAUAAACGAAAGUGAGUGGAUUUCCGAAGAAGUCCACACCAGACUGUUGAGGCACAUUCUCAAGCACUAUAGGAGGAGGCGGGCUCUACGGACUAUGCCCCGCCCCCCUCGUUUGACAGAGCGACGCAACCAAUGGGAUGUCAACUCUGGACUGCUAUUUUUUCUCAGGAGCUGCCGUAAAAGAAACCUACCACUAGGGGUCACUGUGUACAAAAGAAAUACAGAAAAAAUAUGUAAAUACGAUCUAGAUAUUUUAAUUUUAUAUUUUGAUUUUCAAUUCAUUUUUACAAUCGGAUGCUGGUGUUGAGACCAAUUUAUUAAUAAUGUUUAAAGUAUUUAUCUUUUUUUUCCUUUUCAAAGAGAAAUGUUUUUCAUUAAAGGUCCUAUAUUACGCAAAACUGACUCAUGUGAGCUUUUAGCCAUGUUAUAAUGCCUCCUCAAAAACAUAGCUGGAGUGUUUUGUUUCGUUCAUGUGUGUUUGAGUAAUUAUUAGGUUGUAGAGUUGUCAAAAUCUUUUGAAAAUCAGAUACUAAUCAAGCUUUGGAAUGACGUUGAGUGGAUUAAUGAUGGUGACGAUGAAAAUGAUUUUCUAUUGUCUAAAGAAAGAGUUUUUUAUUAUCAUUGUGGUAUCGGAAUCGGUAUCGAGUAUAUUCCGUAGUAUCGAAAUGGAGUUUGAAAUGACAACCCAAAGCUCAAAAUGCUCUGUUCCAUUUUGUGAUGCCAUUUAGUGGUAGUUUUGAGGUUAACUGCAGUUACGUAUUACUGCUUUACUCUUCAGUACUCUAGAAUAACCUUAAGUUACUUUUAUAUAUUUGAAUAUUUACAUUUUACCUUUUGUACAGUUGAGAUUGUUAAUAGAAAGUCUCUUAUAUCUGCUGGUGCACCGAGGAGUGAAGCAGUUUCAGUGAGGCUAAAACAAUAGCUGUCACUUUAAAGUUUGGCAAAUCCAGGGCAGAAACGACCAUUUACUGUAUUACCACUUAAUGACAUCACAAGGUGGAAAAGAGUCUUUUCAGUUUGAGAGAGAGGGUUUGUGUGUUAAACAUGUGUGAAUGAAGCAAAACACAACUCAAGGUAUGUUCUUGAUGAAGAAAAAUAACAUCGAUCAACAAUAGUGCUAUAUAGGCCCUUUAAGUUAAUGAAGGCUAUUGUUUAUUUCUGAUAAAUUUCUACAAAAAAAGAACCAUAUCCAGCAAAACUGUAGAAGCGUCCCUGCGAUGUGGCAUAUACAGGGUGUGCCCAUAACACAUGACCCUGAAGCCCCGCCCCCUUUCCCCUUUGGCCCCUGUCACUCUGAAAGUGACAGUCCACUUCAUGGCAAUGUGUAUGGUUCUUUCUGACAGUGCCUUCCCAUCAUGCUCUCUGGUUUAGUCACAGGAAACAGGGCAACGUAACUCUUUGCAAAACGGGAUCUAUCGCAGCGCUUUGUCCAACCGUUCAUCGUUAAUUGUCAGAGAAAAACGCACUGUAAAUAUAUGUUUUAAUAUAUUUUAUUGCCCUUUCCGAAAGCAAAAGUAAAGAUGGCUGCAGUAUCCCUUUUUUCAUGGGUCGUUUGUGUGUGUGUAAAUACAAUCUCCUGACUGUUUCGUGAAUGGUGUGUUCUUUUUUGUUUGCAAUGUGCAUUCAAGCCAUCAAAAUUCCAUAGUAUUGCUAGCUAAGUUAGCAAAAACAAAAAGUCAUUCUUUGAUAGUUGUUUUGACUCGACACCAGUAUAUUUUAAUGUAGCAUAUAGCUCAUAGCGACGGCAGAAGGGGUGGUGAUGUUACGCUAGCUGCCAACAUACCAAAUAAAGAAGCAACAAUCAUCGCUGCUUUGCUUUAGCCAACAUUAGCGCAUCACCUCGUCACUGUGGAUUGUUCAUUGCAGAUUUUGGACAAUAUUAGCUUGAAUGCACUUUGUUCCCGAUUCCCUAGCGUUAGGAGUCUCUUUUCUAAGAAGGGUUUUUGAAAGGCCCUUGCUAACUAACUGAAGAUUGGUGCUAUCAUCACUUUGCAUUCUGCUGUACCUGUAGCUUCUGUAUGGCCUGUCUGGCCCCGAGUCACUCACCCAUGUGUAGCAGCAGCCAUACUGUCAUGAUGUCACUGCUGAUGUCAUUAAAAUGAGACACCGGGUCAGUUUCACAAAAGUUUUUUUUGUUUUGUUUUUUUCUGCAAUGUGCGUAGUUAUUGUGUUAUGGUUAAAAGAGGCUAUAAGAAGUUGAGCCAAAGUAUUUAGUAAAGUGGCUAUUUAAGUUAUUUGUAAUUCAAAAAUAAUUGAAGGUAGAUUAAAGUCCAAGAAGUACCAAAUCUGCCCUUCAUUUAACUGUGUAAUUUAACAGGCCUACUAAGGCUUUCUUAUUGUGGAACAACAAGACAGCUUCAGAGACCCAUUCUAAUAACAUUAUAGACAUCCAGGCUUUGCCUGAUCAAGUCUGUUUACACAUGGGCUAAACGGUAUUAUCACUAUAGGCCUAUAGAAUGUUUACAACAUCACCUAGUUUGUCUUACAUAAUUUGUACAUAGAGGUUUUGCUUCACUUUCAGUCAGUUCUUUUAGAGUUUCAUGGUGAUAAGGCAUCCACACAGUGGGGCAGUGGGGGGGGACUCAACAGAAGCCUCGUCUUGUGAUCUCCUGGUUGGAGAACAUCGAUUACCGACAGUAGGCUACAGUUUGUGUAAACAAAUGCAUAGCUACUCAGGAUGAAUGACACAAUAGCUGCAAUAAAGUAUGAAAACAAGUUAUAAAGACUGUGUUUUGACCGUUUUAAAUACAGUACCACAGUGCUAGCAGUGUCUCUCAACUUAGCCAAAUACUUAGCCUAACCACAAAUAUGCAUUCUUGCUCAAAAUGUCUAAUCCAACCUGAUGUAGUUUGUGAAACUGACCCAGGAUUGGUGUAGGGAGGGCGGGGACAUUACCUCAAUCAGGUCCGAAAAUGGUUCCUCUCUGCGGCUUCACCAAAGGACGUUUCACCGCUCACCGACGUCACCAACGAAAGACUGGCUUUGUAGAGCUUUUGUACCACUUUUUAGCUCCGCCCCGACACCCCUCUUUGUGAACUCUUCUCUUGGGACAAUCCCGUGGCAGGGCAGUACCAGAGAAUCGGAACUUUGUGUGAACUUUUAGUAAAGGGGCCCGUCUUGGGACACUACGCUAGCCCACGGGAGCCACUAACAAUCACGAUAUUGGUCUAAGGGUGUUUUUCUACGUGUGUGCUUUACGUCGUGUUGUGGUGAAGACUUCAACUUCUUUUUGUAAUUUUUUUCAGUUUUUUUUUUGCCCACCCUUCUCGUCUUUACUGCUUCAAGCUCUUUGGACAGUAGAUAAAGGACUAAGCUAGAGAAAACGGAUACUGUAGCGCUGGACUCAAGAUGUUGCACUGAUAAAUAUAUUUAAAAAGAUUUAUGUGUUUUUAGCGUUCAUUUGCAAAAAACUAAAUGUAGAAAAAAUAAAAAACACCAGUUUCAUUUUGAUAUAUAGUUUCAGAUUAUGUGAAAUAAUUCUGAAAUGUAAAAAAAUGAGAUGGCUUUGCCCCCUCCCCCACCAUGGACAUAUUAACGCUUCGUUUUGUACUGUCAUCCGAUUUUGUGCAGAUUUUGUUUUGUUUUUUACAAGAUGAAAAUAAGACUUUUAUUUUCAAUACUGCUUCUGUAAUUUGCUGUUGUAGGAAAAAAUGAAUAAACAGCAAGGCCUUAUAAAAUGG